UUAUUAUGGUUGCGUCUCCUCCGUGCACCAAGCGUCUUUGCGUCCGCGGUUCUGAUUGGCUGGCUGGGUUGAGCGCUCCACAGCGCCGCGCCGCUCCGGGAUCCUCUGGCGCAGAGAGAAAGCGCAGCUUGGCCGCCAGCGAGCACCGUGCCGGGGCUGGGAGGGCAGAUGAUGUGAUGUGAUCCAAUACGGGUGGCCGGCUGCAGCUACGGGCGGACUGGCACUUAAAAAGCGGCUGUCACCUCGGCCCUGCCUCACUACCGUGUCGUCGUGGGAGCGGAGGCGCUGAAGCCCGGAGGCUGACCGAAGUGUUGACCUUCAGAUAGUGUGAAACAGUCUUCUCUGUCAUACUGUAUACAAGCUUUAUCUCUGCAGUGAUUUUUCCAGUCAGCCAUGAUGUCGGUACAAACUCCUCCCCUCUCCCGCUCUGGCUCCUCCCCCUCUAAUGUGGGUCUGGCAAACCGUGGCGGUUCCUCCUCCGCCCCUCCCACCUCCCUCAGCCUGCGUUCCUCGUACAACCAGCUGCUUGGGCGUGAUGUCAUCAAAGAGUCCAUCGGCAUGGAAACCGGAAGUUCGGCCACCUUGCCAAAGAGCCGUCAGAGAUACGCAAUGACAAGCGUGCGGAGCGUCAUGGGGAUAAGUGAUAACCUGUCUUCUAAAAACCAACCUGUGACCAGAGGGAGAGGCCUCCCCACUAAGUCCUCUUCCAGUUCAGCCCUCUACUCUUCCUCUUCCUCCUCCUCACUGUUUAAUACAACCAACCCCAAACUGGCCAAGAAUGGGGCCAACAUGCAGAGACGAGCUGAGAGUCAGCAGCUGGAGCUGAGCAGGGCAAACACAGAGGGCAAAAUUCACAACAAUCUCAUCAAUAACCCCAGUUCUGACUGGCUGGAAUCGGAGAAAGACAACUCGCAGCUGCCCCCGUUUCGUAGACGGACCAAGAGCUUCUUGGAGUACCAUGAGAAGGGCUGGGAUCUGGACUCGAGCUGGGGAAACAAGGAGGAUAAGGGGGAAAAGAAACAGCAGCCCUCCCCAGAGAAAGAGCAGGCCACCCCUGCCAAAGAGAGGGAGAGCCAGAAGGAAGAGAAGCCCAACAGCAAACAGACCUGCCAGGAGGAGAAGGAAGAGGUGGAGCCAGUGGUGGAAGAAGAGGAAGAGGAAGAUGAGCCCACACCAACUCCAAGACAGCCCCUGCUACCAGUGGUGGUUGAAGCCCCGCUUUCUCCCACCUCCUCCUCCUCCACCAACAGCCCAGAGUGGGUCCCAGACAACCAGAACCACGUCCAGAACCAGGCUCCAGCCCAGGUCAGAGAGGAGCUCUGUGUCCAGGUUCAGGGUAGUCCGCGAAGUCCUGCAAAGCCCCCUCGGAGCUCCCAGCCCAGGGUGAUCAAGGUGGAGCUUCACCCCAACAAUGAGAACCAAUUCCUGCAACAGUACCCACCUUCUUCUCCUAAACAGGCCAGGUCUAGCGAGAGGAACACCCCUACAAGAAACCGGGCACCCCCUACCCUGCCAGAUCCUGAACCAGAGACUGUGCUCCCAAAGGUGGGCUUAAGAAUGGAUCUGACUCCGGAUACUCCAUCAGAGGAUGAAGACUCCAGCUGGACCACCCUGUCCCAGGAGUCACCCUCGCCUCAGACUCCACAGGAGACAGCAGAUGUAUGGGGUGAAGGGGACCUGCCCCCAGGCUGGCGGGAGAUCUCAGACUCAUCAGAGGUCUAUUUCUGGCACGUGCCCACUGGCACCACGCAGUACCACCGACCUGUUGCCUCUGGCAACCAACACACCUCUCCUGACAAAAGGCCAGAUACUGAGCAUGACCCACAACAGGAAACACAGGACUCCCUCAAGCCACCCAACGAGCGCCCCAGCAGUCUGGUAUCUGACAGCUCUGUGGAGCCAGUCCCCUCUUCCUCUGGCUCCUCCCAAUCCUCCUCCUCCUCCACCCCCUCGAAUGAUGUCACCUCUUCUGGACCGAAUCUCAACGCCACCGCCAGCACAGUCAAUGAGCUGAAGGACUAUCCAGUCUAUCCAGACCCCAGUUUGAAGGCAUUUGAAGGGGCUACCCUCCGCUAUGCAUCACUCAAACUCAACCCUCCAGCCCAACUGGAGACAGUGGACCUCAGCAACUCCUUCUCCGAUCCGGAGGCAAUGUCAUUUCCAGUGCGGUCUCUGGGCUGGGUGGAGAUGGCAGAGCAGGACCUGUGUGAGGGGAGGAGCAGUGUGGCCGUCCACCACUGUAUCAGACAGCUGUCCUACUGCAGGAGGGACAUACGAGACUCAGCUGGUGUCUGGGGAGAGGGUAAAGGGAUGCUGCUGGUGCUUCAGGACCGCAUGUUGACUCUGGUUGACCCAGAUGAUCGAAGCCUGCUCCACUCUCAGCCAAUAAGCAGCAUCCGUGUCUGGGGCGUCGGCCGAGACCAUGACAGGGACUUUGCCUAUGUGGCGAGAGACAAAAACACGCGGGUGCUGAAGUGCCACGUCUUCCGAUGUGAUACCCCUGCCGCAGCCAUCGCCACAAGUCUCCACGAAAUCUGCUCUAAGAUUAUGGCUGAAAGGAAAAGUGCCAAAGCUGCAGCUGGCAGCUCCUCCCAGACAGGCUCCGAUGUACCCCUACAAGAGUUUCCCAUGCCAAAGACCGAGCUGGUGCAGAAGUUCCAUGUGCUAUAUCUGGGUAUGACAUCUGUGUCUCGCCCCAUAGGUAUGGACAUCAUAAAUGGGGCCAUAGACAGCCUUGUGUCCUCCACAGGCAAAGAAGACUGGACUCCUGUCAUACUGAGUAUUGCUGACACCACUCUGGCUGUCAUCAAAGAAAAGGAGGAGGAAGAGGAGGUGUUGGUGGAGUGUCGUGUCCGUUUCUUGUCCUUCAUGGGUGUGGGACGGGACAUACACACAUUUGCCUUCAUCAUGGACACCGGAAACCAGCACUUUCAAUGCCAUGUUUUCUGGUGUGACCCCAACGCAGGCAGUGUGUCUGAGGCUGUGCAGGCAGCAUGUGUGCUGCGGUAUCAGAAGUGUCUGGUGGCACGGCCGCCCUCCCAACGCGCUGGUUGCUCCUCCUCACCCGCUGCGGACUCUGUGACCCGCCGAGUGACCACCAGCGUGAAGCGCGGCGUCCAGUCUCUCAUAGACACUCUGAAACCCAAGAAACAGCCGUCAGAACUUCCCCAGCAAUGACCGUCACCAGUGACCACAGCACCCACCCCCUCCCCCGGCCAACGCCUGGAUGCCACUCACACUAUCGCCACGACAACACCUAAUCAGUACCAGCCAUGGUAAACAAUGAUGUACAUAUAUGUUAACAAACACCACCGCAGACGAAGGAAAGGAGAGCAAUCCUCAAGUAUGCCUGAUGAUUUUAAAAAAAUAAAUAAAUAAAGAGGAAUGUAAAAGCUGCAGUGUGUUCGCUGCUGUCACCUGGUGUCACUGGUUGAACUUUGACCUUUGAACGCUGCUGUGUCCAAGUGAAAACCACCUGCUGGCUUUAUGUGGAUUUUCUGGGUCUGGAUGGAUUAUUUGAUCAAGCGCUCUGCAGAAAGGAUACAGGAUAACCCAGAAGAAAAUGACCAAAUUUCUAUUAACAGACUUAUUGGUUUACUCAAUUUUUUUUCAUGCUCUGUCCCCUUCUGUAAAAACAUUCAUCGGCACAGUAAGAGCUCCUGGAUUGGACGGCGGAGAAGCUACAGUAGCCUUCAAGGACUGAAAAGGUGUCGUUUUGCUGUCAUGGGAAUCUGACAACUGAAUGGGAAAACUAGAAAGACUUGCCAGCAACCUCCAACUUCCCACCAUAAAAACAUGUGUGACAAACCUGAAACAGACAAAAACAUCCCUUGAGGAUGAAUGGAGUGAUUGUAAUAAUGAAGUGUAUCUAAAUGAUUGUAUGUAGGAAGAGAGUAUUUAGGGCACAGAACUUGUAGAUAUGAGGGAGAGAUGUGGAGGUGUUGGUGACAGUAAAUGGGACAGAUGUGGGUUUUUGAUUUUGCAUGUUAUCUUGAUGGGAUAUGUUUUAUGUCGAGUUAAAAAAGGGUCUCGGUAAGAAGAGUGGUGAACACACAAGAAGUCGAUGCUCUCAGCACAAGUCAUCUCCACUUGACCAUGACUGGUUUUACACUGGCACAAAAAAAAAAUCUGACUUAUUCCUACAGUCACCCACGACUAAAUAGAAGGUUAUUCUCUGCCCCGUUUGCGAGAUUUAACGAUUUUUACUUUACAUUCCUUGAUGGAUGAGUUGAUCUGCAAAAGAACGUUAAAACACUUUUUAAUGUAUUUUUAAAUUAGUUAAGAUUGUAAUUUUUUUGCAUACAUUAUACAAAAAAAAAAGUUUAAAAGCUCAAGAAUGUUACUUUCCAUCUUAACAAUUUCCUCAGGAACCUUUAUGCAUAACACUCGAGAUUUAUGUGGUAGCAAGAAAUUCCAGAUCCAGCUUGACUUUGGCAGAUGUAAAGAGCUUGAGGAUUUGGAAAAAGAUCUAAUCUGUGCCAUACAGUAAGGGUUAACUAUAUUUUCUCUUCCUAUGAAAAAAUCCAGCCAGUCUACUCCCACUCACGGACAAACACACACACACACACACACACACACACAAAUAUGCACACAUAGCAGUAAAAAGGUCUGCUGUCACUGCUAUCAAAAUCUUUACACUGCUCCUAUGGCUCGGGGCCACCACCUGCACUCGACAUGAACUCUGUGAAUGCAGUCUGAUCUAAUGAAACACACACACACACACACACAUACACACAAAACAAACAAGAGAGAUGCUGUAAAAUCAUUUCAGUUCUGUUCUUCACCCAU